AUGUCCUACGCUCCACCUUACGGCGACCCCUACGCCCGCCCUCCCCCAGACCGUCCUCCAUAUGAUCCCUACGGACGCCCACCUUCAGACCCUUACGCUCGUCCCCCCUCAGAUCCUUACGCCCGUCCACCCUCAGACCAACCCCCCUACGAGCGUCCUGCAUAUGACCAGCCUCGCUACGACCCCGGCCGCCCGGCAUACGAACGAGGCCCAUACAGCGCGCCCCCACCUCAGGCUCGGCCCCCUCCAGGCCCUCCCCCUCCAUUGCCUCAGGGUUGGGUCCAGGAAUGGGAGCCCAGUAUGCGCCGGGCAUUCUAUGUAGAGCAGGCCACUGGUCGCUCGCAGUGGGAACAGCCUUACCAACAGCCUGGCUACACUGGCUAUGAGGAUGGCUCGCGCAGCGGUGGCUACUAUGCCCCUCCUCCCGGCCCGCCUCCUGGGUCUUACGAUACCCGCGGCCAGGAUUACUACCAAGAUCAAUCCCAGCCUGCGAAGAAGAGCAGUGAUACCGGGAAGUACCUCGCUGCUGGUGCUGCUGGCUUGGCUGUUGGUGGUAUUGCUGGCGCGGUGAUUGCUCACGAGCUUGACGAAGAUUCCGCUUCGUCUUCUGACGUCGAGGAAGCUUACGAGGAAGGUCGUGAAGAUCAGGCGUAUGAGGACGCGGGGAGUGACGGUGGCUGGUAA